CCCCCCCCAAAAAUGCGCCGUGCUCGUGCAUCCCAGACAGUCAAAUAGUCCGCCGGUGUGGCGCGGAGGCUCGGAGCUCGCAGCUCGGCUCGCAGCUCGGCUCGCCCGGGGAAGAAUCGCAUCUGCGGUAAGCGGCGUUUGCUUUGUUGACGCCUCUUUUCUUCGUCUUCCUCUCCUGGCCGCUCUCUCUAAAACACUAGACACAUUCAACGCCAAGCUAAGCGCUGGGGCCGCCCACCGAGCCGCGCUAUUGGUCCGCUCGGUGACGUCACACCGCAACCAGCCGGGCUAUUGGCCGAGCUCGCUGUCUGUUUCCUGCCCGGCUCGUGACUGCCGAAUACGCUGUAGUGGUUGAUGGUUCUUUAUGUCUAGGAUAGCUUGUCUUCCUUUGAAGCUACUUCGGGCUUUUGGACAAUCAAACGUUUCCCUAAUGUACCGGAAAGACUCAUAGAUUGAAGAGUGGUCCCGGAAUAGAGCAGACGUCUUUGCUGGUGCUUCUUCUGUGUCUUACGUCGUGGACUUUUAUGGCAAAAGUCAAUAAUCGAUAAGUCCAGAUCGAUACAUUGGACUCCCGAGGUACAAUUGCACCCGUCUAAUGAAAUCCCAGUUCUGCCUUUAUCAGGAGAACCGCUGGUGCACCAGUCAUUCAUAUAUGGUAAAUAUUGAAGAAUAUUACCAGGAGAAAUAGCAGUCAUCUCUUAUUAAUCGAUUGAUGAUAAUCAACAUGGCUCCCCCUGCUGGCGUGAAGGGGAGCAGGAGGCCGUGCAGAUGGAAAGCCAUGUCGGUUGAGUGGAAUAAAGGUCUUCGGGUCUAAAUGUCUUGUCCACGGCCACGCUGUCGUUGUUUAGUGGUGUCGUCUUCUGUGGCAAACAUUUGAUUCCGUCCUUUAGUGGGAGAAGACAUGCAGGAUGUCGGGUGUUUACUUGGUGUUCACUUGGUGUUUACUUGGUGUUUACUGCCCUCUGCUGGUCGCUGGAGGAAGUGCUCCAUGGCAUGGACAAGCACUGUCCACGCAGGUACGGUCAACCACCGAGCAUUGCAUGUCGACACGAGUGGACACAAACACCCCAUCUGGCCCCCACUGGACACUUUAUUAGGAACACCUGCACCCUGCUGUACCUAAUGUUGUGGCUGGUUGCCCGCGCUCGACCUCCCCUUUUUAUGUGCUAAAAAGCUGCAGUGGAGACCAGCAGUUACGUAAUGACGAGCUCGAGAAGCAGACAUGCGCAGUGGGAUCCUCGCCAUCAUCAGCAUCAGGACCGCACAGAUCUCCACUGACGGUCGAGUCGUGGUCUUCCUCGAGCGGAUCAGCAGCUUUCGCAGCAGGUUUCGUGUUCCCCGGGUGAGCGAGCACACCAAAUAGAUGAUCUUUGUCUGACAUUGCGACGGCGCCGCCACACGACAAAAGGCUGCCGUGCGCGGCGGGCUUUCUCCGGUGAUGCUGGGAUGCACCUCAGUGUUUGGCCCUGCUCGCUCUCCGUCGUCAUGGCCGCGCUCUACCAGGGCACCGACGCCUCCUCCCCGGAUAAAUUCCUGGCCCUGAAGGACGUGAGGGAGGUGAAGGAGGAGACCACCCUGGACGAGAAGCUCUUCCUGCUGGCCUGCGAGAAAGGCGACUACUACAUGGUGAAGAAGCUGCUGGACGAGAACCGACACGGCGAGCUCAACGUCAACAGCGUGGACGUGCUGGGCCGAGACGCCAUCACCAUCGCCAUCGAGAACGAGAACCUGGACAUCCUGCAGCUCCUGCUGGAGCACGGCUGCCAGGCCACCGACGCCUUGCUGGUGGCCAUCGACUCGGAGGUGGUGGGGGCCGUGGACAUCCUCCUCAACCACAGACCCAAGCGCUCGUCCAAGCCCUCCAUGGCCAAGCUCAUGCAGCGCAUCCAGAACCCGGAGUACUCCACCACCAUGGACGUGGCCCCCGUCAUCCUGGCGGCGCACAGGAACAACUACGAGAUCCUCACCAUGCUCCUCAAGCAGGACAUCUCCCUCCCCAGGCCGCACGCCGUCGGCUGCGAGUGCACGCUCUGCAACGCCAAGAACAAGAAGGACAGCCUGCGACAUUCCCGGUUCCGCCUGGACAUCUACCGCUGCCUGGCCAGCCCGUCGCUCAUCAUGCUGACGGAGGAGGACCCCAUCCUCAGGGCCUUCGAGCUGAGCACAGACCUGAAGGAGCUGAGCCUGGUGGAGGUGGAGUUCAGGAACGACUACGAGGAGCUGGCAAAGCAGUGCAAGAUGUUCGCCAAGGACCUGCUGGCCCAGGCUCGUAACUCCCGAGAGCUGGAGGUCAUCCUCAACCACACGUCCAGCGAGGACCUGGUGGACAAGCGGGGGCUCCUGGAGGAGCGCAUGAACCUCAGCCGCCUCAAGCUGGCCAUCAAGUACAACCAGAAGGAGUUCGUGGCCCAGUCCAACUGCCAGCAGUUCCUCAACACGGUGUGGUUCGGCGAGACGGCCAGCUACCGGCGCAAGCACACGUGCCUGAAGAUCUCCACCGUGCUGAGCGUGGCGGCGCUGUGGCCGCUGCUGUCGGCGUGCUACCUGCUGGUGCCGCGCUCACGCGUGGGCCAGAUCAUCCACACGCCCUUCGUCAAGUUCAUCAUCCACAGCGCCUCCUACUUCACCUUCCUGCUGCUGCUCAACCUCUACUCGCUGGUCUACAACGAGGGCAAGAAGAACACCAUGGGCCCCGCGCUGGAGAUGAUCGAUUACCUGCUCAUCCUCUGGAUCGUAGGAAUGGUUUGGUCGGACGUGAAGCGUCUGUGGUACGAAGGUCUGGAGGACUUCCUGGACGAGUCCAGGAACCAGCUGAGCUUCGUGAUGAAUUCCCUUUACCUGGCGACCUUUGCCCUCAAGAUCGUGGCCCACAGCAAGUUCAAGAACGUGGAGGACACGGAGAGGAAGAACUGGGACGCCUUCCAUCCCAUCCUGGUGGCCGAGGGCCUGUUUGCCUUCGCCAACGUGCUGAGCUAUCUGCGUCUGUUCUUCAUGUACACCACCAGCUCCAUCCUGGGCCCGCUGCAGAUCUCCAUGGGUCAGAUGCUGCAGGAGUUUGGGAAGUUCUUGGGCCUCUUCCUGCUGGUCCUCUUCUCCUUCACCAUCGGACUGACCCAGCUCUACGGAAAGGACCGGAAAGACCCGGAAAAGAACCCGCCCAGCGACUGCCAGGGCAUCUUCUGCCAGCAGCAGAGCAACGACGCCUUCCACAGCUUCAUGGGCACCUGCUACGCCCUCUUCUGGUACAUCUUCUCGCUGGCCCACGUGGCGCUCUUCGUCACGCGCAUCAGCUACACGGAAGAGCUGCGCUCCUUCGUGGGCGCCAUGAUCAUCGGGACCUACAACAUCGUGGUGGUGAUCGUUCUCACCAAGCUGCUGGUGGCCAUGCUGCACAAAAGCUUCAGACAGAUCGCCAAUCACGAGGACAAGGAGUGGAAGUUCGCCCGAGCCAAGCUGUGGCUGAGCUACUUCGACGACAAGUGCACGCUCCCGCCGCCCUUCAACAUCCUGCCCUCCCCCAAGACCGUGUGCUACCUGCUGACCAGCAUGAGCAAGUGGAUCUGCUCGCACACGUCCAAGGGCCGGGUCAAGAGGCAGAACAGCCUGAAGGUGAGCGCUUCCCCUGCAUGCGUGCCACAGAUAGAUGGCGGUCCUUUGUGGCCUUCUGUCCCCGCAGGAGUGGAAGAACCUCAAGCAGAAGCGGGACGAGAACUACCAGAAGAUCAUGUGCUGCCUGGUCCACCGCUACCUGACGUCCACGCGCCAGAAGAUGCAGAGCACCGACCAGGCCACCGUGGAGAACCUCAACGACCUGCGACAGGACCUCUCCAAGUUCCGCAACGAGAUGAGGGACCUGCUGGGCUUCCGCACCUCCAAAUAUGCCAUGUUCUACCCGAGGAGCUAAACCCGCCCCCCUGGUCCCCCCCCCCGCCCGCGUCUGCAUUUAUUCUCAUGUUGGUGCCCCCCCCUUCCGCCCCCCCCCCCAGCUUUUCUAAAGAUAUUCUUUUCAACACUAAUAUCGUCAAUAAAUACUUCUGCAAACAUUUCAGCAUUCUGACCCGUUUAUUAUUUUAUUAAAUACUCUCAAAUAAUACCAAAUAAUACCUCAUACUCCUGGUAAAUACUCCAUUAAAUACUCUCUUAGCCACACGGCCAAAUAAUACCUCAUACUCCUGGUAAAUACUCUAUGAAAUACUCUCUUAGCCACACGGCCAAGUAAUACCUCAUACUCCUGGUAAAUACUCUAUGAAAUACUCUCUUAGCCACACGGCCAAGUAAUACCUCAUAUUGGUGGUAAAUACUCUAUGAAAUACUCUCUUAGCCACAUGGCCAAAUAAUACCUCAUACUCCUGGUAAAUACUCUAUGAAAUACUCUCUUAGCCACAUGGCCAAGUAAUACCUCAUAUUGGUGGUAAAUACUCUAUGAAAUACUCUCUUAGCCACACGGCCAAGUAAUACCUCAUAUUGGUGGUAAAUACUGUGUGUAUGACGUGUGAUCUUCUGGUUU